AUGGCUCCGCUGGCUUUGGUGGGGGUCGCGCUCCUCCUCGGGGCUCCCCCGUGCUUGGGAGCCGUCACCCCGACGCCCUCCCUGCCGCCUCCUCCAGCCAAUGAGAGCGAGGACAGCCCGGAGGGCUGCCAGGGCUCCUACCGCUGCCAGCCCGGGGUGCUGCUGCCCGUGUGGGAGCCGGACGACCCGUCGGUGGGGGACAAGGCGGCGCGGGCCGUGGUGUACUUCGUGGCCAUGGCCUACAUGUUCCUGGGCGUGUCGAUCAUCGCCGACCGCUUCAUGGCGUCCAUCGAGGUGAUCACGUCCAAGGAGAAGGAAAUCACCAUCACCAAAGCCAACGGCGAGACCAGCGUGGGCACCGUGCGCAUCUGGAACGAGACCGUGUCCAACCUCACGCUCAUGGCCCUGGGCUCCUCGGCCCCCGAGAUCCUGCUGUCGGUCAUCGAGGUGUGCGGCCACAACUUCCAGGCUGGGGAGCUGGGCCCGGGCACCAUCGUGGGCAGCGCCGCCUUCAACAUGUUCGUGGUCAUCGCCGUGUGCGUGUAUGUCAUCCCGGCCGGCGAGAGCCGCAAGAUCAAGCACCUCAGGGUCUUCUUCGUCACGGCCUCCUGGAGUAUCUUCGCCUAUGUCUGGCUUUAUCUCAUCCUCGCUGUCUUUUCCCCUGGUGUGGUGCAGCACGCGGCCGAUGCCGCCCGCGCGCCCGGGCCGGCCGACGGCAUGGACGACGACGAGGACGAUGGCGCCAGCCGCAUCUUCUUCGAGCCGGGCCUCUACCACUGCCUGGAGAACUGCGGCUCAGUGCUGCUCUCGGUGGCCUGCCAGGGCGGCGAGGGCAACAGCACCUUCUACGUGGACUACCGCACGGAGGACGGCUCGGCCAAGGCGGGCUCAGACUACGAGUACAGCGAGGGCACGCUGGUGUUCAAGCCGGGCGAGACGCAGAAGGAGCUGCGCAUCGGCAUCAUCGACGACGACAUCUUCGAGGAAGACGAGCACUUUUUCGUGCGACUGCUGAACCUGCGCGUGGGCGACGCUCAGGGCAUGUUCGAGCCCGACGGCGGCGGACGGCCCAAGGGGCGGCUGGUGUCGCCGCUGUUGGCCACCGUCACCAUCCUGGACGACGACCACGCGGGCAUCUUCUCCUUCCAGGACCGUCUGCUGCACGUGAGCGAGUGCAUGGGCACCGUGGACGUGCGCGUGGUGCGCAGCUCGGGCGCGCGCGGCACCGUGCGGCUCCCCUACCGCACGGUGGAUGGCACGGCGCGCGGCGGCGGCGUGCACUAUGAGGACGCGUGCGGAGAGCUCGAGUUCGGCGAUGAUGAGACCAUGAAAACACUGCAGGUGAAGAUAGUGGACGAUGAAGAAUAUGAGAAAAAGGACAAUUUCUUCAUUGAGCUGGGCCAGCCCCAGUGGCUCAAGCGAGGGAUUUCAGCUCUGCUCCUCAAUCAAGGAGAUGGGGACAGGAAGCUGACGGCUGAGGAGGAGGAGGCACGCAGGAUAGCAGAGAUGGGCAAGCCAGUACUUGGGGAAAACUGCAGGCUGGAGGUCAUUAUCGAGGAGUCCUAUGACUUUAAGAACACGGUAGAUAAACUCAUCAAGAAGACAAACUUGGCCUUGGUGAUCGGCACCCACUCAUGGAGGGAGCAGUUUCUAGAGGCAAUUACGGUGAGCGCAGCAGGGGACGAGGAAGAAGAAGAGGAUGGGUCUCGGGAGGAGCGGCUGCCAUCCUGCUUUGACUACGUGAUGCACUUCCUGACGGUGUUCUGGAAGGUGCUGUUUGCCUGUGUGCCCCCUACCGAGUACUGCCACGGCUGGGCCUGCUUUGGCGUCUGCAUCCUGGUCAUCGGCCUGCUCACAGCCCUCAUUGGGGAUCUCGCCUCCCACUUUGGCUGUACUGUGGGCCUUAAGGACUCUGUCAACGCUGUGGUCUUCGUGGCCCUGGGCACCUCUAUUCCUGACACAUUCGCCAGCAAGGUGGCGGCGCUGCAGGACCAGUGCGCAGACGCGUCCAUCGGCAACGUGACCGGCUCCAACGCGGUGAACGUGUUCCUGGGGCUGGGCGUGGCCUGGUCGGUGGCCGCCGUGUACUGGGCGGUGCAGGGCCAGCCGUUCGAGGUGCGCACCGGCACCCUGGCCUUCUCCGUCACCCUCUUCACCGUCUUCGCCUUCGUGGGCAUCGCCGUGCUCUUGUACCGACGCCGGCCGCACAUCGGGGGCGAGUUGGGUGGCCCGCGGGGACCCAAGCUGGCCACCACCGCGCUCUUCCUGGGCCUCUGGUUCCUCUACAUCCUCUUCGCCAGCCUCGAGGCUUACUGCCACAUCAGGGGCUUCUGA